GGCUGAUGUGGUUGCGUCACGGUGCAUUCGUGGUUUUGAUUGGCUAUCUCUCCAUGUCAAUCAAACAAGCCGUUGCUGCAAGUUUUGUUGACAUCCGAUUCUCAAACACACCAGAGGCUUUUCCAGGCUAAAUCGUUCAUUUAAAAUGGCUACAGGCUCCCGAAAAACAUCUGCUACUGGUCAAAGGAAAAAAUCAGGACCAAAGAAUGAACUGAGUGAGGAGCAGAAGCAGGAGAUUAAAGAGGCUUUUGAUCUCUUUGACACAGAUGGCACUGGAACAAUAGAUGUGAAAGAGCUAAAGGUUGCCAUGAGAGCACUUGGGUUUGAACCAAAGAAAGAAGAGAUCAAGAAGAUGAUUGCAGACAUUGAUAAAGCGGGCUCUGGAACAAUUGACUUCAGUGACUUUCUCAGUAUGAUGACACUGAAAAUGGGUGAAAAAGACUCCAAAGAAGAGAUAAUGAAGGCUUUCCGGCUGUUUGAUGACGACGGCACGGGAAGAAUCUCGUUCAAAAAUCUCAAGAGAGUUGCCAAGGAGCUGGGUGAAAACCUCACAGAUGAUGAAUUACAGGAAAUGAUCGACGAGGCAGACCAAGAUGGUGAUGGUGAGAUCAACGAGCAGGAGUUCUUGAGGAUAAUGAAGAAGACCAAUCUUUACUGAACCUGUUGAGUGUCUUACAGUCUUGAUCUGGGUUUUUUCACCUUUGAUUUAGAACAGUUCAUACAGUUGCUUUUUUGGGGACCUUUUUGUUGGACAGAUUUGUGUAGUUUGUAAAUAAAUAUUUUAACAUACUGUAUCUUUGCACCGAUUUUUCUACAAUGCAAGAUGAAUAAAUAUAUUUCCUCACA